AUGGGGCCACGUGACCGGAUGCCGGGGGCGGGCUGGGCGGCGAAGGAGGCGGAAGCAGGAAAACAUCUCUUUAACCUGAAGUUUGCUGCCAAACAGCUUAGCAGAAAUGCCAAAAGGUGUGGUAAAGAAAAGGUUGAAAAGGCCAAAAUUAAGAAGGCAAUUCAGAAGGGCAAUACGGAGGUUGCGAGGAUACAUGCUGAGAACGCGAUCCGGCAGAAGAACCAAGCCAUCAACUUCCUCCGCAUGAGCGCCCGGGUGGAUGCUGUCGCAGCGAGAGUUCAGACAGCGGUCACCAUGGGCAAGGUUACAAAGUCAAUGGCCGGAGUAGUUAAAUCUAUGGACGCUACCUUGAAAAGUAUGAACUUAGAAAAGAUCUCUGCCUUGAUGGACAAAUUUGAGCAGCAGUUUGAAACCUUAGAUGUUCAGACGGCACAGAUGGAAGACACAAUGAGCAGUACGACUACACUGACAACCCCGCAGAACCAAGUGGAUCUGCUCCUGCAAGAAAUGGCCGACGAAGCUGGCCUUGACCUGAACAUGGAACUACCUCAAGGACAAACAGGUUCGGUUGGUACAAGUGUGGCAUCAACAGAACAGGACGAGCUCUCUCAAAGACUUGCACGCCUUCGUGAUCAAGUGUAACAGAAAGCACUGGAUCUGCCGUCUUCGGUGUUUGCUUCCAAAGCAUUGUGUACAUAAAUCAGAGCCUAACCAGGACUUCCCUCUGUGAUCUGCUUAGAUAUUUAAAGAGAAAACUAAUGAACCUUUAUCUCUCCUUUCUUCCCUUGCCGCUCUUUCUAUAAACCAUGUUGUCUCGAUGGUUGUGUGUCCUUUGGUGUAUUUUUAAGAAUCCUGCAGAGUACCUUUUUGAAACUGAGGAUUAUUUUUUGCAAAGAUUCAGAUUAACAUUUCAGUCUUAUGAAGUAUCACAUAUCAGACUGAGAAGAGAGCAGCAUUUUAAGCAUAUAUAACCUUAAAUUAUGCAGCAGGGUUUUAAAUUAUGAAUAAUAUCUACAUCUGAGUAACUGAGAUGGGGCGUCCUGUUCACUCUCGAUUGUCAGAUUUAAUUCUCUCACUUCUUGAAGGCCAGGAGCAGUUGGACAGAAUACGUUGUUCGUGUGUAUUAAGUAUUGUUUAAAUAUUCACUGGUAAACUUUCCUAUAUGUUAUAAAACAACAAGUCAGACUUAAAUCAAAACAAUAGUUGUUAUGCUGUCCUCAUUCUUGAAAGCUGGCUUCCAUCAACUUCAGUGCUAACGGAAUAAAAUAUAUUUUUCAAUAAUUUA